UUGUGGGAUUAGUAGUUAAAACAGCGCGAAAUGUGCAACUAGAACACCCAGGCAUUGAACGUUCUUCUUCUCACUUCUGCAAUAUUUCCUCCUAGGCUCCAUCAAAAACUAAAUUUUCCUCCAGCUGUAGCAUACUGAUAACCAACCCUUUUGCAUCGGGAGCAGAUGAAACCAGUCAAGGCAUGCUUGCCUUUUAGAAAAAACUGACUGUCGUGACUCUCGCAUGUGUUUAUUUACAAGCACAGUCAUUUCAACGCAAGGCUGGUCAAUUCAGGUCAAUCACUUUCGCAAUUAGGUUAGUAAGAAGCUGAAAUAUGUUUGGAAUCGUUCGUUAGCGCAUGCCUGGUAACAAGUUAAGUAAAUAAUUACUAUCUCGGAACAAAUACAACUAGGAUUAAUUUCACGGGGUCAGUCAGAGCUAAGACGCCUCCGUAAACAGGGAAUAUAAUGUCACACACAUGUCUACCGAGACGGAAAAAUAACAUCGGAAUCCUUGCAAGUUCUGAUAAAAAUUCAAGGGCAAAAUGCCAAAGAAUAUGACGAGUAAAGAGAAACUCGUGUACGAAGGAUAUACUUUGCCAAAAAUGACCAUCAAAGAGCUACUGGCCCGCAACGCACGGAAGGAUUCGGAGCUAAAAAUCCUCCACAAAAGACUCGACAAACAGAAAGAAGAACUCGAGAGUGACUUUUCUAAGACACGAUCCAAUCUUCUCUCCCGAGUUCACAAUUUGUUGCUGGAGGGACAAACAAACGAUCUUGGGUUUGCCUUUGAGAGCAAUUCUGACGAAGAACAAAGUACUUUCGAAAGCGGUGCUGAAAACGAUAAUGGUAUUAACGAUUUACUAUCAUGGGAAGCGAAUUUGAAAAGUCUGUCCAGCUCUCAGUUCGAAGAGGACAUAAACCCGACUGGAUUUCAUCGAAACUCACGCCACAUUCAACCAUGGGCACAAAAAGUCGAACAUUAUUCUUUGACUACAAAAGCUGAACCAGGUUCAACAAAACUCUCGCGGUCUAGACGUAAAAUAAGUUGGGGAGGAAGGACCAAUGUUAUACCUGAAGAUUGGGACGCGAGUAGCGUUCUCAGCAAGUCGAGCUCCGAAGGAAAUCUCUCCUCCGCACGAGUCACAUGUCCCAUAGGUGACACCUUGCGCUCUAGAGUUCGAAGACACUCCGUUGUCGGUCGUUCGCGAUCUCUCACUUUUAAUCCCAAAAGCGACUGCCUCACGAAGGACGAUUCACAGAACCACAAGGCCUCGAACACUUCACGCCAGACAAGACAACGAAGGCAUACAGUGUGCGCUAGGGGAAACUUUGAGCCAAGACUAACUCCUACCGAAGAGGAAAAAUGUCCGGCAAAAAAGCCUUUGUCUGAACUUCUUCCUCCAAUUAAACUACCUCCGAUUUAUCUCCAAGAAUUGAAAGGAAAAGAAACCAGCAAAAAGAAGAGCUUAGUAAACCCACACGUACGUAAAGCUGUGGAUUCCAAACGGAUCACAGAAGAUUUGGACUAUUGCCGCUACUUGCGAUUGAAUAAAAAAGACGUCGAUUACACUCAGUUACAAAACUAGAAAAUAACGAGGUGAUUUAUUACAACCGGAAAUCAACUUUGAUCACUUCAAAAAAAUUCGCUUCGUUCGCACACGAGGGUUAAUCUUUACCACAGCCUUCUGAACGCAGCUUAAAGAGUCAAAUACAUGGAUAAUUAAUUUGACGACGUUAAUGCCUGUAGCAAAAUCUGGUGUUUACGAGCG